AUGUUGAGCAGAACCAUUUUCAGGGCAUCUACACGUCUGCUCGGUAGUAGCGCCGUAUUGGCCCAGAAGGCUGUGACCUUCGAUCCAUCACAAAUCAAGCAGAACGAGAUUGUCUCGGGAGCUCCAAAGGAUUUGGUUACGUCGAGAGUGGUGAGAAUCUACCAGGAAGCCAAGCCUGCCACCCAGCUGGGAACUCACAACGCAAGCCACUGGAAGUUGGACUGGGAUGUUUUGGCCCGUGCCAAUCGUUGGGAGAACGACUUGAUGGGAUACCAGUCGAGUGGAGACUACAUGCAAGGAACCAUCAUGAAGUUUGACAACAAGGAGGCUGCCAUUCGAUUCGCCGAGGGCCAGGGUUGGUCUUACUACGUGAAGGAGCCUAAGAAGAGACACUUCCGUAAGAAGGAUUACUCGGCCAACUUCUAUCACUCUGCGGGGCCAUUGAAGCACAUUAGAACGAAGUAG